CUAUAAAAGGAGGCAUCGUGGACACCAGUUGCUCCAGUAACACACAAGAUGAUAACAACAAUGGAUAAGAUGGAAGAGAAAAGCAGCCAUGUCAAAAGACAAAGGGGUGGCAUGAUCACUAUGCCUUUCAUAUUUGCUAAUGAGGCCAGCGAGAAGUUGGCCGUGGUAGGUUUUGGCACUAAUAUGAUCAGCUACUUAACAACACAGUUGCAUAUGCCAUUAACACAAGCAGCUAACACUCUCACCACCUUCGGAGGAACUGCAAGCUUGACACCCCUCAUCGGAGCCUUUAUGGCCGACUCAUUCGCCGGCCGCUUCUGGACUUUAACAGUCGCUUCCAUCAUCUAUCAAAUUGGAAUGAUUUCUUUAACAGUGUCAGCAAUUCUUCCGCAACUGAGGCCACCGCCGUGUGAAAGUGAACAAGUAUGUCAACAGGCGAACACUGGACAGCUCACAAUCUUAUAUGCAUCUCUCCUACUUACAGCUCUCGGGGCGGGUGGAAUCCGACCCUGUGUGGUGGCGUUCGGGGCUGACCAGUUUGAUGAGACAGACCCAAAACAAGAAGGAAAGACUUGGAAAUAUUUCAAUUGGUACUAUUUUUGUAUGGGAGCUUCCAUACUUGUGGCUGUGACAGUGAUUGUUUAUAUUCAAGAUAAUAUCGGUUGGGGGUGGGGCCUUGGUAUCCCAAGCAUUGCAAUGUUCAUUUCAAUUAUUGCUUUCAUUUUCGGGUACCCGCUUUACCGAAAGUUGGAUCCAGCUGGGAGUCCAUUUACCCGCUUGAUACAAGUCUCUGUGAGUGCAUUUAGAAAGAGAAAGCUGGCUAUGGUUUCCGAUCCUAAAUUGCUGUACCAGAAUGAGCAGCUCGAUGCUUCCAUUUCUCUCGGUGGAAAGCUUCUCUAUACUGAACAUAUGAAGUUUCUCAGUAAAGCAGCGAUUGUGACUGAAGAAGACAAUCGGAAAACUCCAAAUCUUUGGAGACUAAACACAGUCCACCGUGUGGAGGAGUUAAAGUCUCUAAUCAGAAUGGGGCCAAUUUGGGCAGCAGGAAUUCUCCUGAUCACGGCUUAUGCACAACAAAGCACAUUCUCCUUGCAACAAGCCAAAACCAUGGACAGGCACCUCUCUAAGUCCUUCCAAAUCCCUGCUGGCUCCAUGUCAGUCUUCACCAUGGUCUCUAUGCUCUCUACAAUCGCUUUAUAUGACCGCAUUUUAGUCCCCAUUGCCAGGAAAUUCACCGGCCUCGACCGCGGCAUCACCUUCUUGCAUCGCAUGGGGAUAGGCUUUGUCAUAUCAAUAUUAGCCACUCUUGUUGCCGGCUUCCUUGAAGUGAAGAGAAAGAAUGCAGCAUUUGCACAUGGGCUCACUGAUAAACCUCAUACAAUUAUUCCCAUCUCAGUGUUGUGGCUUGUGCCGCAGUAUAGUCUUCAUGGGAUAGCUGAAGCAUUUAUGUCAAUUGGUCACUUGGAGUUCUUUUAUGACCAAGCACCAGAAAGCAUGAGGAGCACGGCUACUGCAUUAUUUUGGACAUCGAUUUCAGCAGGGAACUAUAUUAGUACGGUUUUGGUGACUCUGGUGCACAAGUUUAGUGCUGGAGCUGAUGGAUCAAAUUGGCUGCCGGAUAAUAACUUGAACAAGGGAAAAUUGGAGUACUUCUACUGGCUGAUCACAUUGAUGCAAGUUGUUAACCUUAUUUACUAUUUGUUUUGCGCCAAGAUGUAUACUUUUAAGCCCCUUCAGAUCCACAACAAAGAAACUGACUCUGAAGAUGGAGUAGAGCUUGCAAGCAAGGUUUAGUUGCAGCCUCAUUAAGUAGUGAUCAACCUAGCUCGAUGUAGAGCACUCGAGGCUAAUGUACUCUCUAAAUAAUAUGCAUGUAAAAUUAUCAUAUAGAAAUUUGUAUACUUAAACUUUUGUAUUAUCUUUACGUGUUUUGAAUACAAGGAGUAUAUUUUCUCACUAA